AUGCCCCUGUUUGGCUGGAUGAGGUGGCCCCGUGUGGAGAGUAAUGAAGCGAUGUACUGCAUGGCUCCGGGGUGCCCUGGUGAGUCAGGGCAGGUUCUCCUGCGGGAGCUCCUCUGGCAGCUGGAACAGAGAGAACAUCUGGCUCUGGAGGAGGAGCUGCAGCACCAUCUCUCCCAAGGCACCUUGGGGAAUCAGUACUCUAUAGGACCCCCUGGCUUGCCUCCUCUGAUGUCUGCCUCUGAGCGCCGCCAACUGGAACGUCUCUGCUCCCGAGUCCCUCCAUCACAUACAGCCAUUGUGCUGUCUAGGUUCCGUGAGGUGUUGGCCACAAAUGAUGUACUCCCUUGGGAGCUAGUGUGCGUCUUCAAGCGUGUGCUGAGGGACUUCCUGAGGAGACUGGAAGAGGAAAUGCAAUCAUUGCCCCCCGUCACUCUAACACUGCCUCCCUUGUCACUACCUGAAAAGAGUUACGCUUGUGGCCCAAAGACCAAGCGGGCGUCCACUUUGCCAGUCUUUCCUAAGAGCCAAGGGAUCCCUAGGGAAGAGAUCCCCACCAUCUCUAGCUAUGUGGAUCGGCACCUUCGUACUGCUUGUUCCUAUAGCAACAGAAGGGAUGGGAGUCUUCCAUACUUCCAGCCCGCCUCCUAUGCCUGUUCUGGGACUUAUAGUACGACUCUGUAA